GCAGUGGUUCAGGCUUCAGCAGCCUUGGAGAAGCAUCAGCUGAGAGGAGCUAUCACAUGGGAGCCGGGAGCUGCUCAGCAAAGAUACCUUUAUGAGGAAACGAGUCCAGAAGAGUUGCAGAGUUAGUAAUGCCCAGACCUGGAACCGGAAGCCUAACCUUAUGCUCCUUCUACUCCCUAUUUGGAGAUCAGAAAUUGGGAAAUUCACAUAAGCAGCCCUAAAACUGCGCACUGUUCCAGAACUCAGCAGGACCUGGGAAAGGCAGACAGAGGAUUCAGAAUCUCUGGAUAACAGCUCUUGAAAGGGGAGAAGGGUAUGGAGAAUGGAGGAAGGAAAGUGGAAAAGAAAGAGCCAGAGGCCACUCAGGAGGGGGAGUGCUAUUGAGUGGUCAAGGCUUCAUCUCUCUCAUGUCUCCUGCGUCUUCCCAGUUGUCAAGGCCAACCUGGGAGCCACCUCCUGCCAGAACAGGGAUAGGAAUUCCUAAGACUGCAGCUGCCUGGCCUAGUGCUCUGGACACAGAGCAAUCCAACUUUGAAGGCUGGUGAUAAGAGGCUCCAGCAGGAGCUCCACUUACUCACAAUAUUGGAAAGCCUGAGUCUGGGCUCACCAUCCCAGGGUCGUGAACUAGAAUGGGGGAUGGGCCUGUGACAGGAGGUGCCCUGGGUGUCCUCUUUCGGCCCCAUGGAGUCCUCGCCCAUCCCUCAGUCAUCUGGGAACUCUUCCACUUUGGGGAGGAUCCCUCAAACUCCAGGUCCCUCUACUGCCAGUGGGGUCCCAGAGGUGGGACUGAGGGAUGUAGCUUCAGAAUCUGUGGCCCUCUUCUUCAUGCUCCUGCUGGACUUGACUGCUGUGGCUGGCAAUGCUGCCGUGAUGGCCGUUAUCGCCAAGACACCCGCCCUCCGAAAAUUUGUAUUUGUCUUCCACCUCUGCCUGGUGGACCUGCUAGCUGCCCUGACCCUCAUGCCCCUGGCCAUGCUCUCCAGCUCCGCCCUCUUUGACCAUGCCCUCUUUGGGGAGGUGGCCUGCCGCCUCUAUUUGUUCCUGAGUGUAUGCUUUGUCAGCCUGGCCAUCCUCUCUGUGUCCGCCAUCAAUGUGGAGCGCUACUAUUAUGUGGUCCACCCCAUGCGCUAUGAGGUGCGCAUGACACUGGGGCUUGUGGCCUCAGUGUUGGUGGGUGUAUGGGUGAAGGCCCUGGCCAUGGCUUCUGUGCCAGUGUUGGGAAGGGUCUCCUGGGAAGAAGGAGGUCCCAAUGUACCCCCAGGCUGUUCACUCCAAUGGAGCCACAGUGCCUACUGCCAGCUUUUUGUGGUGGUCUUUGCUGUCCUUUACUUCUUGUUACCCCUGCUCCUCAUCCUUGUGGUCUACUGCAGCAUGUUCCGAGUGGCUCGUGUGGCUGCGAUGCAGCAUGGGCCACUGCCCACGUGGAUGGAGACACCCCGGCAACGCUCUGAGUCUCUCAGCAGCCGCUCCACUAUGGUCACCAGCUCGGGGGCACCCCAGACCACUCCACACCGGACGUUUGGGGGAGGGAAAGCAGCAGUGGUCCUCCUGGCUGUGGGGGGUCAGUUCCUGCUCUGUUGGUUGCCCUACUUCUCUUUCCACCUCUACGUUGCCCUGAGUGCUCAGCCUAUUUCAACCGGGCAGGUGGAGAGUGUGGUGACCUGGAUUGGCUACUUUUGCUUCACUUCCAACCCUUUCUUCUAUGGGUGUCUCAACCGGCAGAUCCGGGGGGAGCUCAGCAAGCAGUUUGUCUGCUUCUUCAAGCCAGCUCCAGAGGAGGAGCUAAGGCUGCCUAGCCGGGAGGGCUCCAUUGAGGAGAACUUCCUGCAGUUCCUUCAAGGGACAGGCUGUCCCUCUGAGAACUGGGUUUCCCGGCCCCCACCCAGCCCUAAGCAGGAUCCACCUGCUGUUGACUUCCGAAUCCCAGGCCAGAUAGCUGAAGAGACCUCUGAGUUUCUGGAGCAGCAACUCACUAGUGACAUCAUCAUGUCGGACAACUACCUCCACCCUGCCCCCUCACCCCGGCUGGAGUCAUGAUGGGACGCUGGACACUUGGAGGGAGAUGGGGCUGGAGGCCAGUUAUGAUUGCAGAGACCGCCUUGUGGGACCACCUUUUUCCCAGCUGG